AUGGCCCUUUACAUAAAACAUGCUUAUAAGAUGAUUAGACGCCCCCCCACCUCACUUAUAGUAAAGUAGCACACUGCGUUUCACUAAGUAACACACACUAUUAGCUCUCAGUGUGUUUGGCUUUUUCUUUGGCUUUGGUGAAAUUCUUUUUACACUGAAGAGUGUUUACAUUGUGACUUGGAAGAGAUAUUCCCAUUUCCACCAUCCAAAGGUGCGGUACUGGUGUACUCAUGCAGUCAGAGGAAGUACUGCAGCUAGUAAGUAGUACUGCGUGUGAGUACACCAAAGGAGACACGUAUCACUUGGCCUUGGAGAUGGUGCAAAGGAGCGCUUGAUAUACACACCAUGUCACAUUGUCUCCUGGGUGAAGAGGGAGGGGUUGAAAAAUAUGAUGGACCCCCCACCACCCCCACCCACCCUCGCUUGCCCCUCAAGUUUUUAUCAUCCAUCUGUCAUGCACGAGCAGGAAGCGUGCACGUCAUGCACAAUUACCGACAUCUCACCACGGGGCAGGGAACAUAGUAGCACACCUCCACGUGUGUAUACCAUGAUACCAUGUAGCUGUGUGUGUAUACCACGUAGAUGUGCGUAUAUAGGAUGUAUAUAUUUUUAUAUAUCUGUACAUACAGUAGAUAUAUGCAUAAAGGUAAAGGAAUACGAGUAGAUAGAAGAUAGGAUAGAUGUACAGUAGAUGUGUGUAUAUGUAAAGGAAUACGAGUAGAUAGAAGAUAGGAUGUGCAGUAGAUCUAUGUGUAUAGAGGCAAAGGAAUACAAGUAGAUAGAAGAUAGGAUAGAUGUACAGUAGAUGUGUGUACAUGUUAAGGAAUACAAGUAGAUAGAAGAUAGGAUGUAAAGUCGAUGUAUGUUAAUAUAGAGGUAAAGGAAUACGAGUAGAUAGAAGAUAGGAUAGAUGUACAGUAGACGUGUGUACAUGUGAAGGAAUACGAGUAGAUAGAAGAUAGGAUGUAAAGUAGAUGUAUGUUAAUAUAGAGGUAAAGGAAUACAAGUAGAUAGAAGAUAGGAUAGAUGUACAGUAGAUGUGUGUAUAUUUAAAGGAAUAUGAGUAGAUAGAAGAUAAGAUGUAAAGUAGAUGUAUGUUAAUAUAGAGGUAAAGGAAUACGAGUAGAUAGAAGAUAAGAUGUAAAGUAGAUGUAGUAUGUUAAUAUAGAGGUAAAGGAAUACGAGUAGAUAGAAGAUAGGAUAGAUGGACAGUAGAUGUGUGUACAUGUAAAGGAAUAUGAGUAGAUAGAAGAUAAGAUGUAAAGUAGAUGUAUGUUAAUAUAGAGGUAAAGGAAUACGAGUAGAUAGAAGAUAGGAUAGAUGUACAGUAGACGUGUGUACAUGUGAAGGAAUACGAGUAGAUAGAAGAUAGGAUGUAAAGUAGAUGUAUGUUAAUAUAGAGGUAAAGGAAUACGAGUAGAUAGAAGAUAGGAUAGAUGUACAGUAUAUGUGUGUAUAUGUAAAGGAAUACGAGUAGAUAGAAGACAGGAUGUAAAGUCGAUGUAUGUUAAUAUAGAGGUAAAGGAAUACGAGUAGAUAGAAGAUAGGAUAGCUGUACAGUAGAUGUGUGUACAUGUAAAGGAAUACGAGUAGAUAGAAGAUAGGAUGUAAAGUAGAUGUAUGUUAAUAUAGAGGUAAAGGAAUACGAGUAGAUAGAAGAUGGGAUAGAUGUACAGUAGAUGUACUAUGUAUAGAGGUAAAGGAAUAUGAGUAGAUAGAAGAUAAGAUGUAAAGUAGAUGUAUGCUAAUAUAGAGGUAAAGGAAUACGAGUAGAUAGAAGAUAAGAUGUAAAGUAGAUGUAUGCUAAUAUAGAGGUAAAGGAAUACAAGUGGAUAGAAGAUAGGAUCGAUGUAAAGUAGAUGUAUGUAUAGAGGUAAAGGAAUACGAGGAGAUAGAAGAUAGGGUAGAUGUACGUAUGUAUAGAGGUAAAGGAAUACGAGUAGAUAGAAGAUAGGCUGGAUGUAUGUUAAUAUAGUGGUAAAGGAAUACGAGGAGAUAGAAGAUAGGACAGAUGUACAGUAUGUGGGACAGAAGAUGCAGGAAUGUCUUGAAUUUCUGUUCUGCUGGCGAUGUCACAUGGUCACAUGUCCCGCCCCCUCCUCCGCCGCCGUCUCCUGGAACAAAGAAUGUUUGUUGUGUCCCGCAUGCUUGCACUUUUACAAUUAAGAAUUGAAAUGAAUGCGUUUUGUUUGAAGGCCUGCUGGCGUUUGAGGAAUUUUACUUUUUUUAAGUGUCUCGUUUGUUUGUUGUUCUGAAAGACCCCCCCCCCCCCUUCCCCACAUUCACCCUCAAGUUCAAGCACUUCCUGUUUGGCGUUUUUUGCGAGAGACGCCAUUGAUGGAAGUUUGCCGCACCUCUUGGUGUUAAAAUGCGCUUUAAUUGGAAAAAGCUUUGUUGCCUUUAAAGAACACAACUUCAGAUGUGCGACUGAACGACAAAAACAACAACACUUUUCAUUUCCUUUUUUUUGCUACAAAAUCAUCUGUACUAAACAAUAAAAGCCUCAGAUCUCCUCAUUUACCCCCGCCCCCCCUCUCCCCGCUCCCCGUCAGCAGCCUCCUCAACACACACACACACACAUGUACACGUAAACACACACACGUACACACACACACGUACACAAAGCAUCCUCAUUGCAAAGAAGAUGAAAAGAUUGGAAAGGAAAUGUGACAUUCCUUGGUCGGCUCUUAAACUUGCGAUAUUGUUGUCUCUCACACUCAACAUGGGACGUGUGUGUGUGUGUGUGUGUGUGUGUGUGUGUGUGUGUGUGGAUGUGGAUGAAGAAGGAGCUGUGGUCUUUCUUCCAGAAUAAAAGGCAGCAGAACCCAUCUGGUGGGCUGAUCCGCGGCCGGCCCGCCCCUAAUGACUGGCACAUAUUCUCAAAUGGGUCUUGGCAGAUUAUUUGCAGCCUCCUGUUGGCCGUCCACUUCCUACCUUCCUGCCAGGCGGCGAGCGUGCCAGCGGCGCCCGUCAGCAGGAUUCUGUGACCAGCGGCGACCACGAGUGGAGCUGAAGCCCAGCGAGGCUUAACCAGGGUGGCGUUCCCGUCCGCAGUGCCAGCCAGAGGCGGCUUGAUACGACACCAAGGUUCACUCCAGUAUGCUGUUGGUGUGCUAAGGAUGGAGGACUCUAGCUUGUGCCUUGGUAUGUCGUCAGCGGUGCCCGACACCGAAGCCCACUUGAGCAGCGCGGUGCUAAACGGCCGCUACCCGAUCAGUCAGAAGCUUCACCAACUCACCGCCCAGCUGGGACACGCCUUUCCUGACCUUCACCGCCCGCAGCAGAUCCCGGAGGAGAAGGCGGCCACACCUCUGGACGAGAAGAGCCACCACGCCGCCCUCGCCAGUCAACCAAUCAGCAGCCAAAUGGCGCUCUUAGCCAAUCAGCUCAACCGCGACAUCGACGCCGGAGCGUUGAGCGGCUUGAACGGACGCGUGGACCUGCAGCAGUUCCUCAACGGCCAAAACCUGGGCAUCAUGUCCCAGAUGAAUGAUAUCGAAGAUGACGCCCGCAAGAACAGGAAGUACCCCUGCCCGCUGUGUGGCAAACGCUUCCGCUUCAACAGCAUCCUGUCGCUGCACAUGCGCACGCACACCGGCGAGAAGCCCUUCAAGUGUCCCUACUGCGACCACCGGGCGGCUCAAAAGGGCAACUUGAAGAUUCACCUGCGCACCCACAAGCUAGGCAACCUGGGCAAAGGUCGCGGCCGGGUCCGCGAAGAGAACAGGCUGCUCCACGAGCUGGAAGAGCGAGCCAUCCUGAGGGACAAGCAGAUGAGAGGAAGCGGCGGCCUCCUCCAAGCCCCCCAGACGCCCCACCUGAGUCUCAACAGCGGCGGCGGAGGCGGCAAUGCCCUCCAGCCACCGCUGGGCUCGGCCUGUGGCCUCCCGCCGCCGUCGGGCCUCAUCACUCCGGAAACCGUCGCCCAGCCGUCGUCUUCCCCCAAGCCAACCGGCGCCCAGGAUGAGCAGUCCCUGAUCCCGGCCACAGGAUUCCGCUGCACCUUCUGCAAGGGCAAGUUCAAGAAGCGAGAGGAGCUGGAUCGACACAUCCGCAUCCUCCACAAGCCGUACAAAUGCACGCUGUGCGAGUUUGCCGCCGCCCACGAAGAGGAGCUGAUCAGUCACGUGGAGAAGGCCCACAUCACCGCAGAAACCACGCAGGGUCAGGGAGGCGGCGGCGCCGGCGGCACGCAGAUGGCCACGGAAUUCCGCUGCGAUGUGUGCGGCCAGGUCUUCAGCCAGGCCUGGUUCCUCAAGGGCCACAUGCGCAAGCACAAGGACUCCUUUGAGCACUGCUGCCAAAUAUGCGGCCGCCGCUUCAAGGAACCCUGGUUCCUCAAGAACCACAUGAAAGUUCAUCUCAACAAGCUGGCCAUCAAGAGCAAGCCGCCGCAGCCCAGCGAACAGGACAUGGCGUCCGUCAACAGCAUGAGCAGCCUGGCUCAGGAAGCCCACGCCAACCUGUACUCCCGCUACAUCUCCUGUCUCCAAGGUGGCUUCCUUUCCCCGGACAAGCACAGCCUGAGCGAGCAGCAUCAGAUGUUGGCCAAAGCCGGGAUUGCCAUGAAGGAAAAGGAAAUGCUCGGGAAGCUGCUGGGACCCAUGGCGGCGGGGAUCGGUCACGGGUUAGGCGACAACGAGAAGCGCUCCCUCUUGGGUUGCCUCAACCUCGUCCCGCCCCUCAAGUCCAGCUGCAUGGAGCGCCUGCAGGCCGCAGCCAAGGUGGCGGAGAUGGAUUCCCUCAACAGCUACCAAGCCUGGCAGAUCAUGGCUCGUGGAAUGGCGAUGGACCGGGCAUUCAUGCCCAAGGAGCCGCAGCAGCACGCAACUCCGGGGCAGGAAGAGGACAUGGCCGGCGCCGUGGCUUCGUUCUCCAAGGAGAAACAUGACUUUGCCCUCAUGGCUUCCGCUGACGGAUCCAAGAAGCAGCUCUCCGAAGCCUUGCAGGGCUCCAAGGCCGCCGGCGCCGCCAUCAUGUCCAUGAAGGACGACGCCAGAGGCUUUGACUUGAUGUCUCACCACAUCGCCGCAGAGACCCCCACCUUGGGAAACCCCAACAUGGACUACGGUCUCUCCAACCUGAAGGAGAAGCCGUCGGAGUGCCCCGACUGCGGCCGGGUUUUCCGAACCUACCACCAGAUGGUCGUCCACUCUCGCGUCCACGGCAAGGACCGGAGAAGCAUGGAGGAGGCGCUCCAGCAGCAAGGCGUGGACGAACGCCGCGGCUCGGCCAGCGACCCCGAGUCCCAGUCCAUCAGCCGCUCCACCACCCCCGGCUCCUCCAACGUGACGGAGGAGAGCGGGGCCGGAGGCGGACACUCGCAGACGGGAAGCGUCCAGGAUGACAGCCCGCAUCCUUCGUCUCCUUCCUCAGAUGUCGGCGAGGAGGCGGCGAAGGCGGCCGUCAGCGUUCCGGCGUCGGUGUCGCAGCAUCGUGAGCGGACUCUUGGCUCCGCCUCCAAAGACUGCCCCUAUUGCGGCAAGUCCUUCCGCACCUCCCAUCACCUGAAGGUCCACCUGCGCAUCCACACAGGAGAGAAGCCCUACCGCUGCCCUCAUUGCGACUACGCCGGCACCCAGUCCGCCAGUCUCAAGUACCACCUGGAGCGCCACCACCGUGAGCGGCAGAACGGCGCCACCGCGCCCGGGCACGGCCCAUCAACCGACCACAAAGAGGACCACGGGAAGUCGGCCGGAGGCGGCGUCUUUGCGCGGCCUGAUGUGCUGCGUAACGUUUUCAAGGGCAUGCCCCCCAACUUGGACUUCAGGUCGGGGCCGCUGCUGCCGCAUCAGUGGGCGGCGGCCGGCGUCCUCUCCGCCGGCGAGCGCGGGGAUCGACACUUUGACUCCAUCUCCGAGACCAUGAAGGCCACCGAUGGUCCCGCCUCCCUGGUCGCCACAGCAACAGACAGUCCGGCCAGCUUCUCAGAUCUAAGUCGGGCCUACCAAAGCAUGAUGGGAAAUGGAGUCCACUUCCAAGGCUCUCUGCAGGCCUUCAUGGACAACUUUGUCCUCAACUCCAUGAAGAAAGACAUGAAGGACAGCCAAAGUCCAGUCCAGAUCCAAGCCCAGUCCUACCAUGACAACGGGGAACCCAGAGCCAAGCGAGCCGCCAUGGCGGACCAGGACAGAGAUGACAAGCCUGAGGCCAAGCAGAAUCCUGAACCCGGCAAACCUGGAUCCCAGUUUGAGCCUCUGGAUCUGUCUGUGUCGGUCCGACCCGAGUCUGCGUCCGGUUCUCUUCCCGGCUCCUCGGUCACCAUUCAUGACAACGUGGCGUGGCACGGCUGCCUCUUCUGCUCCUUCUCCACCGCAUCGCUGGAGCUGAUGGCCCUUCACCUCCAGGCCAACCAUCUCGGCCAGGCCCCGGCUCCGCGAGCCGAUCCGGGCAAAGACGACACAUCCCCCGCUAUCAAGAGUUUUGUCCAGGACAAAGACAUGGAUGCGGAGAGAAACCAGGGCAGCUGGACCAACCACCUGGACCAGCCCUACAACCCCUUCCAGAGCGACUUCUACAGGCGGUUUGGUGGCUUGUAUGACGGUUCCCCCCGAGCCCCUCAGGGCCACCAAGGCUACAUGAGCGCCACCGAGCAAGGACUCGACCUGCCCGGCAAGGCCUUCAGGGGAGGAUCCUCCACCGGCGAUGGUGAAAAGAGCUCCUGUGGGGACCCUGAUGAGGACCGGGCCGGAUCUGAUGAUGACCUCAUCAAAGCUGGGGGUCACAUCGCCAGUGACACCCCAUCAGCCACGCCCCAGAGAGGACACCAUCACUCUGACGAGGAGCAGGACGACGGGGGUGUGGCUGAAGAUGACGAGGAGCGAGAUGACGAUGAUCCGAUGGACAUGGACCGAGAGGAAGAAGAAAGUCCAGCUCCGAACCACAUCCAGAACCACCACAAGCAGCUGCAAGACGGUUUGGUGGCCUCGUCCUCCGCCAUGACGCCGCUGUCCCUGCUACCCCCCAACCAGAAGCAAGUCUUAUCCAUGGAGAACCAGUGGAAGCAAAGCCUGAACCUCCUGUCCCCCGGAGGCCCCCCUGGACUGCUGAAGGCGGACCAGCAGAGCCACCUGGAGCAGCAAAUGAACAUGCUGUCUGUCCUCAGAGCCUACGGCGGCGGAGACAAUCUGCCGGCCUUCAACGGCCUAGGCGGAGGAGGGCCACCCUCGGCGAAGAGGCCUGAUGCCCCCGUUCACCUGUGGGCGGCGGAGGAGGACCAGCUCGUGACCCAUGACCCCAAUCUGACCCUCGGCCCCAACCACGUGGACGAGCACGACCUUCACGAGCACGACCUUGGCCAGGCUGAAGGACACCAAGACUAACAACCUAGUGGGGGAGACAAAACAGAAGAUUUUAUUCCAACAAACGCCAACCCGGGGGGGGGCGCCUGAGGGGGGGCGUGGCCCCAAACGUGGACCUAACGACUAAAAAAAAAAAAAAAAAAAACACUCAAGUGAAGACUUUUUUUUCUCUGUCUUUGUGAAACUACCUGUGUGACGAGCACUUCCUGUGACCGCCGUCACCAUCUUUGAGGCAUUCCCCCUGGCCCCCUGGCCCCCUGGCCCCCCGGCCCCCUGGCGAGAAAAAUCUUUUUUUCUAACUGAUGGAGUGAGUCUGGCGUAUUACACCACGACAAACUUUCUAUAUCCUACCUGGAAUGUAUUCUUCUGUAGACUAGAACACGUGGGCGCCAUGAGCACACUUCCUGUUAGCGACGUGGAGCUAACGCGCUAACGCGGAGCUAACGCCGACCGCGCCACCAGGACUUUUUGAUCAUGUUAUUGAUUGUGACGAAGCAGCACUACUUACCCGACAAUGUACUUAAACCCUCGAGCCCCCGGCUAGCACUAGCACUAGCACUUAGCACUAGCAUGCUAGCUAGCGGGGGGUCUCUCUUGUCUUUGUACAUAAAGAGAUUUAUGACGUCGAAAAACAUAAACGUUCCAAAGGAGCGGAAUGGAAAAAAGAGUCGCUUAUCAAGGCCACGUUCUUCGAAGAAGAAUUUAAACUAAAUAACAAUUAAAAAAAAGAGGGGCGGGGUGGAGGGGGGGGGGGGUUGAACGUGUUUGUAAAUGACUGCCACCCGUCGUUGUUGCACAGCGUUGCCGACUACUGAUGAUAAUGAUGAUGUAUUUACUUUACAGUGAGAAGAAAACUACAAAAAAAUACAUAAAAAAUGGAAAAGGACAUUAUUGUGUAUAGCAUUAGCUCCAUUUCUUCUAAGCUGCGUAGCUGUGCUAGACUGUAGGAUGUGCGGUUGGUUUUCAUUUUUCAUCUUUUUAAAUAUAUGCAUAUAUAUAUAUGUAUGUAUAUAUGUAUACAUACACACACAUAUAUGUAUUUUGUGUGUGUGUGUGUACUGCCUUCUCCAUCGCGCUCCAUCAAGAAAGAAAACAAAAAAAAAAAGCUGACAAUCGUCUCCUGUGCUGCAAAACAUAUAACAGAUUCCAUUAUGCAUAGAGGGACUUUAUCUUUUUUUUUUUUUUUUUUUUAAUUAUUUGACUUGUUUGGGUUCUGAGAAGUAUUUUGCACUGUGAUAGUAUUCUCUAAAUGCGACUUAUACAGUACGACACUAGCUAACUAACUAAACGGAAGGUGUGUGUUUGUGCGUCCCCUUGGCAUUGUGAAAUGUUUCUACGUCUUUUUUUUUUUUUUUUUCGUGUGUGAAGAAGCCAGAGAACAAUUCUAAACGCGCUAUGUACAGUUGAAAAAAUAUAAUCCCACCCCCCCCCCCCCCAAAAAAAAACGCCCCUUUUUGAUUUAGUUCCGACUUGAGUUGACGGAUACUCAGAUACUUCAUUUGAUUCCGUGUGGAUUCUGAUAUUAUUUGGCGCCGAUAAAGGGGGAACAUGGAGCGAUGGGAAUGUAGCGGGAAGAUAACUUGAAGGGAAUAUUUCUAGAAAGGCAGAACGGAGGGAGGGAAGUCCGAGCGGCGAUGAAGGGAGCAUUCCGCAUCCUCUUAUUGUGUCUUGUGUUUGGCUGUAUCCUCAUGGCAGAUGCUUUGUUUUGUAACUACUGAACUGUACUUAUAAUAAAAAUAAAAUGUAUUCCAACUAAAAAAAAAAAAA